CUACCUUCGUGGUCCAAACACGUCGUCAGUCAUCUUCAUCCCAUCCCAACCCUACUCUACCAAUUAAGAGUCAAGAGAAGAGGGGAGUUUCUUUACUUACUAUAUAUACAUUGGGAUAUGGUGUUUCUGGUUUCCAUAUAUAUAUGUACUCAACAUCGAUAGAUCUGCCGUGUGAGGAAGGGAGUUGAAGAAGGAGAAGAAACAAUAGUUAAGGUCAAAACACAACACAUAACAUGGAAUGGAAUAAUAAUCAUCUUACAAGACCUUUUGUUCCUCCUUCAGAUGCCGCUUCUUUCAGCUUCCUCUACACCUACAAUUAUGACCAGUUUCCUGCAGGUAUAGACAUGAUGAAGAGUAGUUCAUCAUCAUCAGUGCAGGUGGGUGAGGGGGCACAGUUUAUGGGUGGAGUCGUAGAGAAGAAUGACAAGAAGAAGAGGCUGACGACGGAGCAGUUAGAUGCGCUGGAGAAGAGCUUUGAGGAGGAGAUAAAGUUGGAUCCAGAGAGGAAGAUGAGGCUGGCUAAGGAGUUGGGACUUCAUCCCAGGCAAAUCGCGGUGUGGUUCCAGAACAGACGGGCCAGGUGGAAGGCUAAGCAGCUCGAGCGCCUCUGCGAUUCCCUCAAGCAUCAAUUCGACCUCGUUUCAAGAGAGAAGCAGAAGCUCGAAGAGGAGGUAGUGGCAUUGAGAUCAAUAGUGAGAGACGAAGCAAGAAAGAAGCAGGUGUCGACGACAGAAAUAUUGUCAGGAGAAGAGACAGUGGAAAGCACAUCAAUCCCAAGUUGCAACGUCGUCUACAAUAACAUGUUUAACGUAGUAGUUGACGACUGUACUACGUUGAUGCCGCCACCUUAUUGGUCAACUCUUCCUUCUACUUAUCCCUGACCACAAUUUACACUUCCAUUAUCUCAUCUUGUAGUGCAGUGGUUGAUAGAUGAGUUCAGUUAGUUGAAUUGGUGCUCAAUUUUAACUCUUUUUUGCUAGCUACAUGUAAUCGUACGUGUCUGAUCUUCUCCUUUGUUAUUCUUUUGCUUAUUGUUGCUAUUGUUUUGUUAUGAGAGGUGUCUGCUAAUAAUCAUAUCAGCAGUGAUUUUAUUCAUAUUUCUAAAGUUAGUGUGCUAUGGACUAUU